AUGGACACAAGGAAUAUGCAGAACCCACAGUUUGGAUUGAUCGAUCUGUGGCGUGCGGAUGUUGGGCGAAUGGAUUCUCCACUAGUCCAACAACUUACUCACCGUGAUCCGUGUCGUACAUCCUCUCAUCCGUCGAGGCUGCCUUACUAUCCUAUGGAGGGAUGUUUCGACGGAAGGAACACCUCCAAAAGCGCACUGGAGUGUCUGCAUUCGUGGCUACAACAGCCACUCGGCAAUUACAACGUCACUGCAGAAUACUCACAUGCUAAUCAAGCACAAAACAGUUUUUCUGCACCGAACAGACACUCAACCUGGACAGCAGCCGAAAGCGAGACAGAAGUAAACUUGGAAACCGUUCCACACAGCUGGAUCCAAGCGACUAUGAGACCUCAGCUCAACCAUGAAGCAAGUCAUGGACCAACCUCAAAUCCUGGACAGACAAGCGGAUUUUGGGGAAACCAGCCAGUUGAGAGGCCAUCAUCGGUUAGUACCCAAAAAGAUGACAGUCUAGAGAACAAAGGAGCUAAACACCCACCACAUAUAGAAAACCGCACGAAAUGGCGUACGAGAAACGUUGGACACAUUAAGAAGCCUCUUAAUGCUUUUAUGUUGUUUAUGAAAGAGAUGCGCGCACAAGUCAUCGCCGAAUGCACUUUAAAGGAAUCGGCGGCUAUCAAUCAAAUACUUGGAAGGAAGUGGCACGCUCUGUCACGAGAGGCCCAAGCAAAAUACUACGACAUGGCAAAAAAGGAAAAGGAAUUACACCAACGUCUUUAUCCAGGAUGGUCCGCUCGAGAUAAUUAUGCAUCUCAGAUAAGACGCAGAAACCGGGCUGCGACCAACACCACAUCGAUAUCCCGUUCACCCGGAACAGAAGUAAAGGGUAUGUUACAAAAGCAAGCGAGAUAUUUGGGCGAAAGGUCAGCUAUUACCAGUUACAAUUUCCCACAUAUCUGGCCAGUUUCUGGUGGAGUUCGAUAUACAGGAAAUUACGGUAUCUCAAAUGCAAUACACCAUUUGACCAAGCUGUCUGACGCAAAGGAUCAGACGGACAGUGAGCCAGUCUCAGACAGCAAUUUCAAAGCCCCAAUAUCCGCUGCAGUAGUACCAGAAAGAACCUUCCUAACAUCACAUCCUGAUGUUAUACCCAUCCAAGCUGAAUGGACCUGUCCAAUAAGCGCCACUUCCAGAUACGAACCACAAUCUCCGGACAGCAGAUCACCGAAUAUUCUUAACAGAUUGGAAGUACAUACGGGAGCCAAAGAACCAUGUGUUGGUUUUUCAUACAAUGACCCAACUUCUAGCUGCAACCCAAUGAAUGCAAGUACUUAUGAAGACCAACAUUUGGUUUCCGAAUGUUCUAUUAGCAUGCAGGAUCCCGUGCUCAGUGCCGGGAAGCUCUUGGAAGAUGAGCCAACAAUGACAACGCACAGCAACCAAAUGAAGCUUACAAACCAAUCCCAGUCAUGGUCACAGGCGCACCAGUGGAAGCCAUUUGAAAUGCCAAGAUUAAACUCCGGACAACAUGGUUACUACUGGGAGGCACCCACGCCAAUCGCCACACCAUCUUUUGAUGACCUAUGUGGGCCACAUGUGUAUGAAGAACCCGGUGACAACAAACCCUCACUGGGAAUAGCUUCGUUUCGUGGGAGUCCACAUUGCUCCAACACUACACCAACACACUCCCGAGCAUAUGAUCUACACCGUUAUCAAGCCCAAGAAGCCUAUUUCUCUAGGCUCCCUCCAGAAAUCCAGCAAACAGACUAUCCAGCCUUCCACAUGGGACAUCCCAUGAACUACAGUCUGUUCUCAUUCAACCAGGUACCCUCUGAAGCUGAUGGCAAACAGCGUCCAAAGCACACAAGUGACGUGAAUUCAAACACAGCACCGGAAUAG